AGCCAACAUCAGAUCUCAACAACCAUGGGUCGACGGCUACCAUCGCAUAUCUUUGUCGUAAGACACGGCAACCGACUCGAUACCGCCAACAAGCAAUGGCAUCUGACUUCACCCACCCCCUACGAUCCUCCUCUCACGUAUGGCGGCUUUCUGCAGGCCCGGCUGGUCGGCAACCAGAUCAUGAGCAUCCUCGAGCAGGCAAAGGUCGAUGCCGAGGUCACAAACAACGGCUCCACACUGAGCGGGAAGCGCCGACGCUUCAGGGUCGUCAUCCAUAGCUCUCCCUUUCUGCGGUGCAUCCAGACGGCCGUGGGCAUCAGUUCAGGCCUUGCGCAGACGCCCGCCGAUUCUAUAUACCAGCCUUCCGAUGUUCUCGUUCCGCGAAAAGCCCCGAUUGGCCAGCAGAGCCCGCACAAGUUCGCCCUGCUACGACUCGACUCUUUCCUGGGAGAGUGGCUAUCGCCAGAGUACUUUGAGAUGAUCACACCGCCUCCAGGCCCGGAACUCAUGAUGGGCAGCGCAAAGGCCGAGCUUCUGCGGCGGGAGGACUAUAGCAUGUACACAGACGCUUCGGCAGCAAGCAGUAACCAAGCAGCAGUAGCGACGACAUCCAGGGGUGCUCUGUGGAGCUCGCCCGUGUCAUCUCCCUCGCAGCAAAACGCCCCGUCAGGGCCAGACCAGGGCAACGCCUUCAGCUCCUCGGCCAUGGCUGCUGCGCUGUCCUCGGCAUCACAGGAGCAGAAGAAGGGCUACGUGCCUCCGCGGCCGUUGCAUGCCGUAUCGAGCAAUGGCAAGAUCCCAGAUGGGUUCGUCGCCCAUGCCAGGGACUCGUGCGUCCUGAUCGACUUUCAGUGGGACUCGAUGAGGCCACCGCUGGCCUUUGGCGAUGGUGGAAAACUGCCUGAAGAGUGGACGGCGAUGCACCAGCGCUUUCGCUCCGGCCUGAAGCGAAUGGUCAACUGGUACGCGACGGCAGACUUUCCCGACGAGAUGAUUGGCGCACCGGUCAACGAAAACGACGUCAGCUGCAGCGACAGCGGCUACGGCGAAGAAGACGAGGAAGAGAUUGAGACAGUUCUCAUCAUCGUGUCUCACGGCGCCGGCUGCAACGCCCUCAUUGGCGCCAUUACGCACCAGCCCGUUCUCAUGGAUGUUGGCAUUGCCUCCAUUACCGCCGCCGUCAGACGAUCGGAUGCCAACUUCGCCAAGGCUCUUGCUGCUGCUUCGGAACGCCAGGGCGGUGCCUCUGAGCCUCCCCAAGCCAGUGUUGAUGAACUGUAUGAGAUUCGCCUCUCUGCAAGCACAGAACAUCUCCGCUCCAACUCCUCAGCGUCCGUCACGGCGAGGCCCGCGUCCCCCAGGAACACUUGGAGUCCUUCUGCCCGUCGUGGCCGCACCUCGGCGCUGGCGUCCCCUACGGCGGCUACGACCUCCUUCAGCCCCUUUGCAUUCUUCGAGUCGGCCACGUCCGGCAACCGCAGCACUUCCGCGAACGCGUCCGUAGGAGCCUUUACACGACGAGAUUCUGGAUCCACACGGCGAUCUCCCAGAGCGCCACCGCCCGUGAGCGCGGGCUAUGAAACCGAGGGCGGCAGCUUCGCAGCAGGACGAAAGGCCGCUCCGUCUCCAGGACUAUGGGCGCCCUCACGCCCUUCACUACGUCUGAUCGAUGUCGACGAGGAGGCAGUCGACGACUACGAAAACAUGUUUCCCGAUUUCGACAACAAGCGGUUCAGACCGGCAUCCGACGAGAACAUCAAGCCGACGUCUGAGAAGCCCUCGUCGGAGCCAUUCCCCGAGCUCGCCCCGCCAAUCAAGAUUACAGCGUCUCCCCAAAGGGCAGUCUUUGCAGCGCCUAUCAAGCUGAACACGGACCUGGCAUUUGGGGAGCCCGAGGAAGAGAUGCCGCUGGCGCAGCUCGGCGGACUGUGGAACCUGGCCAUGCCGCCGAGCGACGCGGAUAGGCUAAGGGAUCUGACCCAGACGAAGAGGAGGUGGACUGUGAAUGAGAGGACAUGA